AUGAACGCGCCGGUGUCGAUUAAGGUUUCGACAAAAACGAUAAGAACCUACUACGGCCACUUCCAGAGCGACCGUAGAACCGGCAACCGCACUCGAUUUCGUAAAUUCCUUGAUAGUUUCAAUCUGACCUCGAAUUCACCAACUCCGCUGGAUAUGACCAUGGGAGAGGAAAAUAAACCCAACGUUUCCAGCCAAGGAAAUGGCGACCGAAGCGGCGGAGCGCCAAGGUUUUCUCCGCCAAAGCAUGUCAAAAUGACAGUGCCACCAAUUCCAAUCGUCCCUUAUGAAGGAAGGAACGAGGAGAGGAGCUUUCCGGCGUUCAUUCGAGAACUCAACCUCGCUACAGUCAAUUUAUGUUGCUCUGAAGAUAGUCUGGUGAUCGUUUUGCCGUCGUAUUAG